AUGGGCAAGCACGUUGGCCACCGGAGUGUUGUGUUCACGCUGCUUGACGCCGCCGAGAAUGAGCAGCUCUACUUCCACGUCCGCACACAGGCCGUCCUCGCACUCGCACAGUGCGAGAAUGUGGAUGAGGAUCAACACGGCAUCGUCGCUGCCCUGCGCGCGUUUUACGAGCGGCAUUACUGCGCAAAGAGCGAUUUUGGAUUCGUGCCGCUCGAGAACGACUUUUCCAACUUUCCCGCCUACUUCUUGCAGCAGGCGACGCUGACGGCGCUCUCGCGACUGAAGAACACAUACGGAGUGCCGCCAUUGGAAAUUGUUGAGAUGCUCCACACCAUCGUGCUCGCAACAGAUCAGGGGUCGAACCAGUACGAUGACGCCACGUUUCGACGCCACACGCUCGCGUGUUUUGCUCACGCCCUCCGCCCACACAAGCGGCGAAAUGCACAGGAUAUGCCCGCAGAUCAGCAGGCCAAGCGGCAGGAAUGGGUUCGCCGGGCGGUUUCGCUGUUUGCGCACUGCAUCAGCUACGACCACGUGUCCGCAUCAUACAAGAAACGCGUCACCGUCGGGUGUGUGGAUGCCUUGACAUCGUUUGCCCGCUGGCACUACAUCGAACCGCCACUGACUCUCCUCAACCAACUCAACUCUGAUCGCCAGCCCGCCUGUGUGCGACACGCAGCGCAAGCAGCGCUACUCAGACUCUCAAGGGACAACAUCCACGUGUUCAAUCACUGGCUGCGUGUACUCGAAUCCAUGAAAGACCACGAGCGGUUGGAGACGCGGCGGUGGUGCCCGCGCGUGCAAUCAGCGGCAUACCGCCUCCACAGUACCAUCAUGCAUACCACAAAAGAGCCAGCAGGCAGUGCACUGCGCACGAAACUGCGGGAUGAGCAAGUCUGCAUCUGCGUCCCCAGCGCGUGCACGAGCAGGCGUGUCACCGGUUCCAAUGUCAUCCACACCAACACCUUCCAGCACGCGACCAACAACAGCACGCAAGCCAUCACCAGCGUCAGUAGCGUCAGCAGCAAAGGCCAUGUCGCAAUCAACAUCAUCAUCAUCGUUGGUAUCAUCAGCAAAGCGCCCGCGGUCUACUCCUCCGGCCCCGAAGGUUGCGUCACCAUCCUCAUCAUCAUCCUCCUCAUCAGCACCAACGACAGCAGCAGCAAAGGACACGGGUUCGACUGGUGCAGUAGUGAAAUCAUCGACAACGACGAUGACAAGUGGCAAAACGUUACAGCAAGCAUCCAGCACACCGACAAGAGCCUCCUCAACACCUUUGGCAACAAAGGCACGGCCACCACCGCUGUCCAUGUCAAUCCCUGCACAUGUGUCCACGAAAGAGGAGGAGACACCGCGCACGCCCAAGAUCAGAAUCACCUUCUCAGCGUUCAAGCCCUCGGCACACACGCGCUCUUGUAUGAGAGCCGUUCCCCCCCCCCGGCCCCCACGCGACGUUUUGUGGUGGUCACUGACGUGCUCUCAGACACUGAAGUGUGA